CUACCCUUUUAAUAGUAAACGCCAAACAUGAUAAAGGAGGAAUUGAGUUCAAGGCAUGCGAGGGCUUUCCUAAAGACUCAUUCCCAGUCUUACUUAAUGUAACGGUGGCACCUGAUCCUAUCAAACCUGGAAAAGAUUUGACGUUCAGUAUUUCCGGAUCAGUGAAGGAUUUCGAUAUCCCAAUUGGAACCUAUCUUCAUAUUUUAUUUAUUCCAUCUUCUGGAUACUUUGAGUCUUUAGAUGUGGAUAUUUGUUCUGAUACUCAAUGUCCAAUUAAAGCUGGAACAGUAUAUUCAACAACUCAGACCGUAACUGUGCCCAAAAAUCUUCCGCCUAAUUAUUCGAUUAUGGUAUAUGAAAUGGUAUUCGCACCAGAUGCUACUAUACCAUACACUUGUGCAAUUGCUACUAUUGGUUCUUAA